AUGCGCCUAUUCAACGGCAUCGCUUCCCUCCUGGCGGGAGCAGGCCUUGCGCAGGCCACGCUUCAAAUCAUCCCUGGAGGGACAUGGACGGCAUACCAGACAAACACAGGCCGCCACGUCCAAGCCCACGGCGCCGGCAUCACAAAAGUCGGUUCGACGUACUACCUCAUCGGCGAGGACAAGACCGAGGGCUCCGCCUUCCAGAACGUCAACUGCUACGCUUCGACCAACCUGGUCGAAUGGAGUUACGUCGGCGCCCUGCUCUCGCGGACGUCGGAGGCGGGCGAUCUGGGGCCGAGCAGGGUUGUCGAGCGGCCCAAAGUCAUUUACAACAGCAGCACCAGGAAAUAUGUCAUGUAUCUGCACAUUGACAGCAGCAACUACGGCGAGGCCAAGAUCGGCGUGGCGACGUCCGAUAGUGUGUGUGGCAAGUACACGUAUCUGGGCAGUUGGAGGCCGUUGGGGUUCGAGAGCCGGGAUAUCGGGCUGUUUCAGGACGACGAUGGGACUGCCUAUCUUCUUACCGAGGACCGGCCCAAUGGCCUGCGCAUCGAUGCCCUGACGUCGGAUUACCUCAACGUCACACGGAACGUCUACCUUUGGGGCGAGAGCAUCGAGUCGCCCGCCAUCCUGAAGAAGAACGGGUACUACUUCAUGUUUGGAAGCAGGCUCACCGGCUGGGACCCGAACGACAAUGUCUACUCUUACGCAACCUCCCUCUCCGGCCCCUGGUCCGCCUGGAAAACCUUCGCGCCCGUCGGCUCCAAGACCUUCACCUCCCAGACAUCCUACAUCCUUCCUCUCGGCGACACGGCAAUCUACAUGGGCGACCGCUGGGUCAGCACGAACCUCAUGCGAAGCACCUACGUCUGGCUGCCCCUCACAAUCUCCGGCACAACCAUCACCCUCACGGACCGCGUGAACUGGGUCCCCAACGUCGGCGCGGGCACCUGGGCCGCGGGCCCGACGGAGACGUCGUACGAGGGCGAAGCGGCCGCGCUCUCGGGCGGCGCGAGGGCGGUGGCGUGCACGGGCUGCAGCGGGACCUCGGCGGCCGGGUACGUCGGCGGCUCCGCGGGUGGCCGGGUCCAGUUCUCCAACGUGAGCGUGCAGGCUUCCGGCAGGACGACGGUGAGGGUGAAGCAUUUGAACGGCGACCAGAGCCAGCGGUGGGGGACGGUGACGUGCAACGGAGUCUCGCAGACGGUCGGGUUUCUGCCCACCGCGGACGGAAACACGCCGGGGAGCAGCUCGGUGUUUUGUAACCUGAAUGCCGGGUCCGGGAACACCAUUUCGUUUGCGAGCGCGGAUUCAUCGCCCCGUCAGGGGCUUGUCAACCUCAAGCGUCUUGACAGCCUCCUGCCUCUUUCCGGUCUGUCCUCCGCUGAGAAGCGUGACCUUGGAGACCUUGAGCGGCGUCUUGUAGCCAAACUCGCCAUCCACGGAAACCUUUCCGUCCUUGUAGUCAAAGGUGACGAGCGUGACGCCCGCCUGCUCCAGGCUGACGCCGUCGUCGAGGUACAGCUUACCCUUGGCAGUGCCGUCCCGUCCCACGGCAAUCAGCAGCUCAAAGUUCUCCUCGCGGAGCUUGGUGGUUGUCAUGGCGCUGUUGGCGCGCAGGGGCAGCACGGAACCGCCGCGGAUGAAGAGGGGGAUCGUGGUGUAGUCCUGGUCCUUCAGGGUAACCGUCGCGCCGGCGCCCUGGAUCGUCUCGUGGGUGUACCAGUCGUAAAAGACGUCGUCGGGCAGGUAGACAUCGACAGAGGUCGAGUUUUCCUCGGUGACGGGCGCGACGAGAACGGCGUCGCCGUAGAAGUACUGCAGGUCGAGGCCGAAGGUCUUCUCGUCUCCCGGGUACAGGUAAAAGAGCGGGUUGAUGAGCGGGGUGCCGUCGACCGUCUGCUGGUGCAGCGCCGUGUAAAUGUAGUCGAGAAGGCGGUAGCGGAUAGUGAUUGCCUUGCGGGCGCUGUCCGCCACGGUGUCCCAGAGAUAGAACUCCUGCGAGAUGCUAUCGAUGGAGUUGUGGUUGCGGAAGAAGGACGAAAAGGCGGCGAGAGCGGCCCAGCGUGCGCACAGCUGCUCGGUGGUGUUGUCGCCGAAGCCACAGGCGUCGGAGCCGACCAUGGGAACCUGGUAGACGGAGGCAAACUGAAGCAGCUGGGAGAUGGAGAUGCGGUACAGCUGCCAGUUGGAAAGGUUGUCACCGAGCCAGUGACCGACGGCUGCUCCGGCGCCGGCGAAGGUCGAGCGUGUGAUGAUGAGAGGCCGAAGACCAGGGCGGCGGGCCUCCAUUGCGGUCCUGGAGGCUACCGACAUCAUGGACCCGUAGAGGUUGUGAGUGUCGUACAUGGCGAGGCCGUUCUGGUGGAUGACGUCCGUGUUGACCGUCUUGUUGGAGAUGCCGCCGCGGGCCGCGUUCGAGGCCGUGUCCCAUGCUGCCUUGUUAUGGAUGGCGUACUUGGGGAAGAGGAGGUCGCGGUCCGGAAGGCCCUUUUGGUCGCCGGAUGCCUGUCUCUCGGCAAUAAUCAGAUUGUCAAAGUUCUGGUUGAAAGGGAGCGUCCUAGGAGAGACGUCCUUGCGAGCAAAGACAUCAGAUCGCUUGGUUUGGUUGUUGCCGCAGUCAGUCCCAGGAGGUUGAAAGUCGCAAGGCCAGCCGGGAAGGGGGCGGGGAUUUUCGCGGACCGGUGGCGGCUCAGGGGGGUAGCCGACAGCGGAGGCGUAGGGGUCGUCGCAGGGAAAGUAGCAGGGGAAGUUGGAGGGCUCGUUCAUGUCAAUCCACAAGGCGUCAAUGUCGACACCGUCGUCGGCCGAGAAGAAGUCGGCGAACUCGUUGUUCCAGUACGUUGUAAUGUUCUCGGCGAACCAGUCGGGGAAGACAGUCACACCGGGCCAGACCACGCCGACCCAGACGGAGCCGUUGCUGCGGAGAAGCCAGAUGUUGUCUUCGAUACCGCGUUGCAAGGUGGGGGAUUCGACGUAGGCCACUGCAGGGUCUACCAUAACAAUGUAGUGCUGAUCGUUCUCGUGAAGCUUGUCGACGAGCUGGCGCACUUUUGCGAGAGGGUAGCGCUCCGGGUCGAGGGAAAAGACUCUGUAUGGCAUUAG